AUGGAGAACGAAGAUCACUACGCGGCGUCGUUUUGCCCUAGCUUUAGCAGUUACACCGGCGAUGGACUCGUUGAAACCGCCGAGCGAGUUCGAUUUGAGUUUUCCGAUGAACAUUCCAACGACGAUUUUGAAUUUGUCAAUCUACGAUCGGACUAUGAGGCGGCGUCUUUUUCCGGCGAUUUCGAUUUCGUUUUUCCAUUAUUCAAUCAGACUCUCAUACCUUCAAGCCCCGUCGUGAAAUCGGACGGAGAUAAAGACGAAUCAUCGCGUGGUGUGCCGGUUACAACUCGGCUGAGAGAUCUGUUCCUUCGCGAUCUCGAAGAUCCGUCGCCGACACAGGUGUAUUCAUCAUCGUCUUCAGACGAAGAGGAGGAAGAGAACGAGUCGAACGGAAUCUCGACGCAGAAGAAAUCACCAAACGGAGGUUGGAGAAAGAGCAAAUCGACGGGAUCAUCAUCAGCAUCUUCGUCAACGUCUUCGCGACGGUGGAGAAUUAAGGACUUGUUAAAGAGAAGUUACAGCGAAGGGAAACAAUCGCUUGGUUUCCAAAAUCCGAGUUCCACAAACAGAGACGAAUCCUCGAAGAAGAAAGAGAAGGAGAAGGUUUCUGCACAUGAGAAGCUUUAUCUAAAGAACAGAGCGAUGAAGGAAGAAGAAAAGAGAAGAUCGUAUUUACCAUAUAAGCAAAAUCUCGUUGGGCUUUUCUUCAACUUUCAUCAUCGUUUCGGGAAAACUAUUCCUUCUUCUUGA